AUGGGGAAUGAAGCCAAGUCCAAGUCGAGCCUACCCGUGCCUGGUGGUUGUGUGUCUUGGUGGCAACAAACGACCCGGUCAUUUCCCUAUCUCAGUCACAACGAGAAUGAGACAGUCCCCAAAUCCUCCAAAUAUGUCGUGAUUGGCUCAGGCAUCGCCGGUGGUCUCACGACGUUCCAGUUGAUCGAAAAUGGCGUACCGGCAGAGGAUAUCGUGAUACUGGAGGCAAGAGAUGCAGCCAGUGGUGCCAGCUCGAGGAACGCCGGCCAUGUGCGACCAGACGCAUUCAGAGGCUUCCAAGUCUACGAAAAAGUGCACGGGCGGGACCAGGCCCUCAAAAUCAUCGCCAACGAGCGCCUCGUCUUCGAAAAAGUCGACGAGUUUGUCAAGAAACACGGCGUGCCGUGCGACUUCAACCCGGCGACUACCUUCGACGUGUGCAUGACCAAAGAGUUCGCUGACUUCAACGCGCGAAGCCUGAAGCUCUACGCCGACGCCGGGGGGGACAUCUCCCACGUCAAGUUCUACGAGGGCGAGGACGCAAAGAAGAGGACAGGCGUCCGGCAAGCUGUCACGGCCUAUGAGUGGCCUGCUGGCUCGAGUCACCCGGCCAAGCUGGCGCAAUGGCUGCUGACGCAGUCUAUCGAGAAGGGGACCGGCUUCUUCACGCACUGUCCGGCGACUUCGGUGGUCAAGUCUGCGUCCUCCACAGCAGACAAGACGCUCUGGGACGUGGUCACGCCCCGAGGCACCGUGACGGCCGCGACUGUAGUGCACUGCACCAACGCCUUUGCUCCUCAUCUGCUGCCUCAGCUCUCCUCCUUCGUGACGCCGAACCGUGCCCAAGCGCAUGCCAUCAUCCCGCCGCCUUCCCUCAGCGGUACAAAAAUCAUGCCGAGUACCAUGUCUCUCCGUCACGAACUGCGUCACUUCUACUCCGUCGCCCAAAGGAAAGCAGACGGGAUUAUCAUCCUGGGGGCCCCUAUUGCGAGUCCAAAUGUGAGCGAGGCGGCUUAUGAAGCAAGGUUUACGUCUGAUGACUCGACGUUUAACGAGGAGAUACAGAAGGAUGCGUGGGGAAAUUUUCAGGCAUGUUUCCCGGAUUUGAGAGAGGAGAAGCUGAGGCAUGGGGAAGGGUUGCAGGGUACGUGGACGGGGAUCGUGGCUAUGACUCCCGAUUCCGUGCCGUUCGUGGGGCCAGUUGAUGGGUUGCCUGGGCAGUGGAUUUGCGCGGGAUUCAAUGGGCAUGGCAUGGCGAGGAUCUUCACUUGUGCCCCUGGCGUGGCCAAACUCAUUCUAGGAGGAGCUUGGGAAGACACCGGUCUCCCAGAAUGCUUCGAGAUGACCAGCGAACGUUUAGUGAAGCUCGAACGUGGCACUGUGGGUUCGGUGUUUGAACCACCUCAGUUGAAACCAUAG